AUGUGCUGGUGGCACCGCCGGCGCCCGGGCCGCCCCCUGGGCCGGCAGCGAGUGGAGCUGGGGGCGGCUCUGCCCGCGGCCACGGUGCCGGUGCCCAUCCAGCAGCACGGCGAGGAGCUGACGGGAGAGGCGCCGGGUGCCCGGGCGAAGGAGACUUCCCCGGCAUCGCCGGCGCCCCGCGGGGGCUCGCCCCACGGCAGAGCGUCCCUGCCCGCCCUCCCCUUCCUCCCGCAGCUGGCGGGGCUGUGGCAGCGCCGCUGCACCAUCGCCGGCACCAAACUCCUCCGCAACGAGCGGAGCCCGCUGGUCCCCGCCGCCCCGGGCUCCCCACCGCGCUGCGGGCAGCGUCCCCGGCUCCACUGCGACCUCUGCUACUCCCUGCCCGAGGCCACCCUCACUGUCACCAUCCUCGGCGUGUCGCACCUGCCCCAGGGCCGCCAGGGCUCCCGCGUCAAGGUGUCCCUGGUGCCGCUGUCCCGCCGCGCGUCCGUGAGCCGCAGGAGCCUCCGCCCCGGCCGCCGCGGGCCGCGCCGGUGCCGGUUCGGCCCGUGCGGCCCGGAGGAGCUGGGCAGCUGCACCCUGCGCUUUGCUGUCUACGCCAGCUCACGGAGCCUCCAGGAUUCCUUCGUGGGCGAGGUCCUGUUCCCCUGCGCCGAGGCCUCCUGGGACCCCCGCGCCCCCUCCAGCUACUCCUGGGAGCUGGCGAGCACCAAAACCAAGCUCAGCAAGCACCGCAGUGCUCCCAGCCUGAGCUGCAGCGUGCUCUCCUCGCCCUCUCGGCCCCUGGGCCAGCUCCUGCUGCUGCUGCAGCACCAGGCUCCGGCCGGGCGCAUCAAGGUGCUGCUGCGCAGGGCAGAGGCCCUGGGCCGGCUCUCCCUCGUGCCGGGCACCCCAGGCCACUACGUCAUCGCCCACCUCCACCACGACGGCCACAUCAUCGACACCAAGGAGACCAAGUCUGUCAGCGGCUACAACCCCGUGUGGAACACGCCCUUCCUCUUCACCAUCCCCGCCGGGGACAUCCAGCAGCAGGAGCUGGCCUUGGAGUUCGUGGUCAUGCAGGCUCGGCUCCGCGGCCGCGGCUCGGUGCUGGGCCGUGUCCAGGUGGGGCCAGGCGCCCCCGGGGCCGGGGUGCCACACUGGAGGGACAUGUGCAUCCGGGCACCGCUGGAGUCGGAGCGCUGGCACCGCAUCCUGCCCGCACCGUGA